AUGAGUAUAAAUUAUCAUGUUCAUCAAAAUAAUUUAUCCAAACACAAUAGAACAUUAGGAAACUAUACAAAUAAUGUGAUAUUAUCCAAGAUUAUAUCAAUUGUAGGCAUGAUGUUACAACUAUUCAAAUUGAAUAUUAUUAUCAUUGUUAUCUUAUCGGCGAUAUUGAACACACUGAAAGUCGAAUCAUCCACAUUUUUUGCACCAAUUAAUUUUGACGAGCAAGGUAAUAUGUAUGUUAAAAUAAAUGAAGAGAGUUUUUCAAUUGAUGGAAAUUAUAUGUUAACAAUAAAUAGUGGAAAUUGCAUUAAAACAAUAUCUUUAACACCACCGACGAAAGAAGAAAUAGCCAGUAAAUCAGGAUAUCGUGAAGUGACCAACUUGUGCAUCCCAUGAAGAUCGUGGCAUUUGCAAAAUAU